AUGAAGCCAUCAAGCAUAUUCGCAGUAUCCGCCCUGAGCCAUCAGGCCUCAGCACGAUGGCUCGCCUACAAACCAGAUCCAGUCAUAGAUCUCAGAGGCGGCGACCUAGCCCGCCCAACUCAACCACCAGAAGUCCAUGACUAUGAGGUAUAUGCCCCUCAACCAACACAACCACCAUCCAAGGCAGUCGUCGAGCUGCUCCUACACAGGCGUCAGAGAACAGAAUCAUCCUCAUCCUCAAACAAUAUCUGGGAGAAUGACCAAACCUGUGGCUGGUACUCAGGCAUCUCAUCGCAGCCGUACAAAUGCGACUCGCCACUCACCUGCUCCACCAACUCUGACAACGUGGUCGCCUGUGCCACCGACGGCCUGGAGCAGUUCUACACCAUCUGCCUCAACCACGAGGCCGUGCAGUCCGGUAAAUGCACGUCGGCCGGCCCUCAGACCGGAUGCUGCCAGGAUGCCGCACAGCCCGAGUGUGGCACUUUUGUCUGGACGGGCACCCCUGCUCGGUCCAUGUUCAAGUGCUUCUCCACCGCCACCCUCAUCUCCAUGAUAGAUGAGCCGCAAUUUCUCAUCGAUGCGUCGCGAUCCUCUGCCUCGGCAGCUAGUGCCUCGAGCGCCGACGCCGCUUCGAGGUCUUCGGCGGAGGCAGCAUCAGGGAGCGGGAACGGGCCAUCGACUGUGGUUGCUACUACCACCGCGGCAGAUGGGUCCACCUCCACGGUCACGUCCGUGGUAGGGAGCAAUGCAAGUGCCAGCGCGAGUGCAGGAAAUGGCGGUGGAAAUGGUGGGAGCAGUACCAACACUGGUGCAAUCGCGGGCGGAGUUGUGGGCGGCGUCGCCUUCUUGGCUCUGCUUGCGCUGCUUCUAUGGUACCUCAUGCGCAAGAAGAACAAGUUCACACUGUCUCUGUGUGGCGGAAAGAAGAAGACCACGAAGGAGAAACACGUUCACAAUAAGACUUAUAACGAAAAGAACGUCAAAAAGGACAACAGGUCCUAUGAUAAACGGUCUUACAGCAACAGAAACUCGUACGACAACAGGAGGUCGUACGACAACCGGUCACCCAAUGAGCAGACCGCCACAUACAGCCAGCAUCCGCAGUCGGCCGCGCCACACGAACCUGUGAAUCAGCACUUCCACUUCCACUUGGAGAACGACCGAAAUGAGCCAUCACCCAACUCACAGUACUCUGCGACGCAAGAGCCGCCACAAGCUCACUUGGCCGGGGCCGUAGUAGCUCCCGCUCUAUCGCGGCGCGAGCAGCGGCGACAGGCGAGACAGCAACGGUCGCAAGCCGAGGAGCGGGACUUGGGGAAGGAGGAACUGGAGCAGGCACAGGAACAGCAGGCCCCGACAGAGACUUACCGAUCUCACCGGUAUCACCCUUCUUCUGGUCAACGAUUUCCAGACGCACCGCCCCCGGCUCCGCGGGCUUCUGGCCCGGACCUGGAUUUCAUUGGGCGAGGGAUGUGA